AUGUCUUCGUGGUCGCAAAUGCACGAAGUUUAUUGGUACGACAACCCAGACAAGACCAUCGAGUGUGCCGUGUGCUCUGCACCGUCUUCCGGGCGGCACUACGGGGUCUUCACGUGUGAAGGGUGCAAGUGUUUUUUUAACAGGACGGUGCGCUACAAACUUACGUAUACAUGUGAGAGCUCGGGGAGUUGCCGUGUUGAUAAGCAGAAUCGCACUCAGUGCCAAGCCUGUAGAUUUAAGAAAUGCGCCACUGUUGGAAUGCGGAGAGAAGCCAUCCGACGCGGCCGACCCACUAAGUACUCUUACAUCUCAAGAUCUUCCAAAUCCUUUACACCACAGUACGACCUUAUCUCCGUGCUUACACAACUCGAGCGAUCCAUACGGCCGCCAGUCCCGUACCCAUCAAGCGGCCUACAGAGUAGCCCUGUUAGCAUGUACCACCGCGUCUGUUCGAUCCUCGUGUCCACCUUAGACUGGUCUCGCAGGGUACCUAUGUUUGCCAACUUAGAUGUGUGUGAGCAGUACUCGGUACUGCGUUCUCGUUGGUGUGAGAUGUUGAUCGUUAGCGCGGCGCAAUACGAGGUACACAUUGAUGGCAUACCGCUUGCUUAUGAGGUAGAGAUGAACCCUGGAUUUUGCAAUGAGAAGCAGAUUCAGUUGAAGCGGAGCCUGAGGAAUUUUCAAGAGAGUGUUUGGCGCCUACGCGGGCUUGAAGAGGCAGAGUACGCAUGUCUCAAGACCAUAAUACUCUUUUCUCCAGACGCCUCGGAAGGACCGUUUGUACAGGAGUUCGAGUCCUUACAAGAACUAGUCCUUAGUGCGCUUGACCGAUUUUGUCGCGCGCGCUUCCCCGAGGAGCCGUCGCGAUACGGAAAAGUUCUCCUGAAACUCAUGUCACUCAAGAGCGUCAUAGCGGAAGAUAUCGAGACUCUUGUCUUCUCAAAGCUUUUUCCGCACUCAUCUGUAAGUGGGAUUAUCAGAAACCACUUGGUUAGUGACGUUACUUCAGCACCCGAAUCAAUGUCGCCUGCCAAGACGUCUCCGGUCAACCAAUAGGGAUCGAGCAAUUAUUGCCGACAUCCCCUGUUAGCCAAUAAGAGCCGAGCAGAAACCAGGAACCCAUUCAGUUGCCAAGACGUACCCGAUCCCAGCCAACAGGAGUUGAAAAUAGGCCAUGAAAUUGCCAUUGCAUAUCCUGCCACCUAAUAGGGCCAAAAAAGGCAGUAAAAUUAAUCGCACAUUUUUAAAGCUUUUGAUGUUUUAUGCUUAUAAUAAAAAUAAUUGUACAUAUCUCACAAUAUGUGAACGGAAUUAUCACCUAACGACUUAUAACCAAAUCUUUUGAAGUGAUUAUUUUUUCAUGGAUGAAAUUAAGUUAUUAUAACCAUCAAUGGGAUGAAUAAAAAUGUUUUUUUUAAACUCAUAAAGCGUUCGUUUUGUAUUUUUCACGAAUAUUGAUAAUCCAUGCCUUCUUCCGGACUUCAAAGCUAAAUAUUAAGCAGUAAGGCCUUUCAUGGGUCCGACAUGAGGUCCCACGGGGCAUAGUCUUUCAAUCAACAAGCCGUACAGAAGCUAGC